UACGUCCGUUCGGUUGUCCGUUCGUGAUAGGGACGUAUGUAGGAAGACGCUAGAUCGGCGAGGAGUUGGUCCGUGCAUGCCUCUGCCUUCAUUUCUCGGCUCGAGUGGUGUGUGACUCCCUCCGUCUUCCAUUGACCAUUGACCAUUGACCAUUGACCACUGACCAGUCGGGACCAACGUUGUCCUUGAGCCUCUCUUCUCGUCCAUCGGGACGUUCCCCAUUGUCACGUUUUUGUGGCCUGAUCGUAGCACUCCGGCUCCGGCUCCGAUGCCACGGGUUUUUGUCCGAAGAUGGCGUCCAUUACACUGCGACGUGCGGUCCAACAGGCGUUACAUGCUCGAUCCGGCGUGCCUACCAGCCUGGGGCCUGGGCUGAGUCGGCGUUAUUUGAGCCUGACCGGCGCCCUCCGGGGUCAACACGCCAACAUGAAGAUCCACGAGGGCGUGGCCGUCAUCAAAUUGGAUUCGCCGGGUACCAAGGUCAACUCGUUGAACGAAGAGGUCAUGACGGAGAUCCAGGCCCUUUAUCGCGAUAUCCAGAGUAAUUCGGCCAUUCAAAGCGCGGUGCUCAUCUCAGGCAAACCCGGCUGCUUCAUUGCCGGGGCUGAUAUCAAAAUGUUGGAGAAGUGCCAAACGGUCGAGGACGGACAACGCAUCUCGCAGAGCUGCCAAGAGUUUCUCAACCAAGUAGAAAGCUCGCCUAAACCCAUCGUGGCCGCCAUCAUGGGCCCUUGUCUGGGCGGCGGUUUGGAAGUGGCCAUGGGCUGUCAUUACCGGAUCGCCGUCAACGGCAUGAAGACCUCUUUAGGUCUGCCCGAGGUGAUGUUGGGGCUGUUGCCUGGCGGGGGUGGUACCCAACGCCUGCCCAAGUUGGCCGGACUUCCCAACGCCUUGGAUAUGGCACUCACCGGCAAGACCUUGAACGCCAAACGGGCUAAAAAGAUGAAGGUGGUCGAUAUGGUGGUGGAACCUUUAGGCCCGGGCCUCGAACCCGCGAAUAUAACCACGCUCAAGUACUUAGAAAGCGUGGCGAUCCAAGUAGCGCGUGAUCUGGCCUCAGGUGCCAUGAAAAAACCCGAUCACUCGCCCAAAAGCUGGACCGAUAAGCUCACCCAUUGGGCCUUGAGCUUUGAUCAAACCAAGGAUUAUGUGUUCAAGACGGCCAAGGGCAAAGUGAUGAAGCAAACCAAUGGGCUGUAUCCGGCCCCGUUAAAGAUCUUGGAAGUGAUUCGAGCGGGUCUGGAUGGAGGCCCGACUAAAGGCUAUGCCGCGGAAAGUCAAGGCUUUGGCCAACUCUGCGUCACCCCCGAGUCCAAGUCGCUUAUUUCCUUGUUCCAUGGUCAAACCGAGUGCAAGAAGAACAAGUUUGGCCAGCCCGCUCAUCAAGCCAAAACCUUGGGCGUUCUUGGAGCAGGUCUGAUGGGCGCUGGAAUCGGUCAAGUGUCGGUUGAUAAAGGCAUGACCGUGAUUCUGAAAGAUAUGAAUCAGGAGGGUUUGGCUCGAGGCCUCAAUCAGAUCCAAAGUGGGAUCGAUACCAAAGUCAAGAGAAAGCGCUUGGCUAAAAUUGAUGGCGAGAAGCACAUGUCAAAUGUAAUCGCCACCACCAACUACGACCAAUUCCGAAACGUGGAUAUGGUUAUCGAGGCUGUUUUUGAGGACCUGGCUUUGAAGCACAAAGUGGUGAAAGAGGUCGAAAAACAUAUUCGCGAUGAUUGCAUCUUUGCUUCGAAUACGAGCGCAUUGCCCAUCACGGAAAUUGCAAAGGCCAGUAAACGCCCUGAAAAAGUGGUUGGCAUGCAUUAUUUCUCACCCGUAGACAAGAUGCAGCUCUUGGAAAUCAUUUGCACCAAGGAUACCUCGAAAGAAACCGCAGCUAGUGCGGUCGAUGUGGGUUUGCGACAAGGCAAGGUAGUCAUUGUUGUCAGCGAUGGCCCAGGAUUCUACACUACUCGAAUUUUGGCACCCACUCUAUCAGAAGCCAUUCGGUUGUUGCAAGAGGGAGUGGAUCCCAAGAAAUUGGAUCAAUUGACUAAAGCAUACGGGUUCCCGGUGGGUGUAGCUACUCUCAUCGAUGAAGUCGGCAUUGACGUAGCUCAGCAUGUCGCUGAAGAUCUGGGCAAGGCUUUCGGUGAUCGAUUCGCGGGCGGUAACCCGGAAGUCUUGAAGGCUUUAGUUGAGGCGGGCAUGAAGGGGCGCAAAUCCGGCAAGGGAUGUUAUGUAUACUCAGAUGCCAAGGGCUCGGACAGGCCAAUUAAUCAAGACGCCAUGAAUCAUAUCAAGCGGUUCCAGCUUCAACCCAAGGGAUUGGAUCAACCCGAAGACAUUCAACUGCGUCUUGUAACACGUUUCGUCAACGAAGCCGUUCUUUGCCUGCAAGACGGAAUUCUUAAAUCCGUACAAGAAGGCGACAUCGGAGCGGUCUUUGGCCUUGGCUUCCCUCCCAUGAGAGGCGGUCCAUUCAGAUUUGUUGAUAUCAUGGGAGCUUCAACUGUUGUCGAUCACAUGAAACGAUUCGAACAACAGUACGGCGUGGCUUUUACACCCUGUCAAAUGUUGCAAGAUAUGGCCAAAACUGGUCAGAAGUUUUAUUGAACCAACCCUUGCUCACGGCGCAUCCAGUUGACCGUCCUUCCAAUGCAAUCCUUCAUGGAUCGGACUUGAAAUACGUGGUGAUAAAAGAGCAUAUUUAUUUUCUAGCCUCUAACCUUGAACAAGCAACCAGAGUCCACCUGGGAUGAAAAAAAAUGUAUUUAAAUCUAAGCGGGACGAAAAGUAAUAAAGUCGAGAGAAAAAAAGGGAGCCGGCAGAGGCCGUUUUUA